AAAGUCUUCCUCUGCCUUCAAAGGGUUUCCUUUUCUCUUCUUUCCCCUUAAACCCAACCCUGGUUCGAUUUCAUCGACCUAAUUCUCCGUCCAGGAGAAAAACCAAACCCUGAAAAUGGCGAAUAUGGAAAUCUUAGAGCCGAUGCAGUUUGGCUCCUCAUCUUCCCAUGAAGAAGAUAAUAACCUCCUUAAUGAUUUAUCCACUGAGUUUGAUCCCUUUCAAUUCCCACCUAUUGAUGCUGCUUAUUUGAAUGAUGAUGAUCUUACUGUACCUGAAGGUUUAUUGAACGAGUUAGGUUUUGAUGAAGACGACGGUACUUUUGAUUUCAAUUUUGAUGAUAUUAAUUUUCCAUCCGAAAAUGGAGAAUUAGGGUUUUUUGGUUCCGAUGGGUCUGAUGUUUUGUCUUCCACGGUUACGGGUUCUGGAAAUGGUCCAAAUUCGGAUGAUAAUAAUAAUAAUAAUAAUGGUGGAGUUAUGAAUUCUAUGUCUCCUGAAUCAGGAAGUUGUGAUCGGAAUUAUGAUGGAAGAGUGGUAUCUUCUUCUCAGGAUUCUGGUGGUUGUGGAUCAGGUGUUUCUGGGUUUUUGAAUUCUCCUUCGCCUGCUGAUUCUGGAGGUAAUUCUGCUUCUUCAUCUGUUCUUCCUGUAAUAUCAAAUCCAGUUGUUGUGGUUGAUGUUGAUCAGAAAAUUAAGUUAGAAGGAGGAAAAGAGGGUUCCUCAAAGAGGAAAAAUAUAACAGAAGAUGAAAACCCUACCCCUGGAAAUAACAAGGUUAGGAAAUCGAAUAUUGCAUCUGAAAGUAUGAAAUCUCAAUAUGUUGAUGUUGGAGAUGAUGACGAUAAAAAGAAAGCUAGGCUGAUGAGGAACAGAGAAAGUGCUCAACUUUCUAGACAGAGGAAGAAACAUUAUAUUGAAGAACUUGAAGAUAAGGUGAGAGCAAUGCAUUCUACAAUUGCUGAUUUGAAUGGUAGAGUUUCUUACUUCAUGGCUGAGAAUGCGACUUUACGUCAACAAUUAAGUGGAGGGGUUUGUGCACCUCCUCCUGGAAUGUAUCCACCUCCUCACAUAGCUCAUAUGCCUUAUCCAUGGAUGUCAUGUCCUCCUUAUCCAACGAGAGCACAAGGAUCUCAAGUUCCUUUAGUUCCAAUCCCUAGAUUGAAACAGCAACAACCUGUGUCAGCAACCAAACCUAAAAAAUCUGAGAGUAAGAAGAAAAAUGAGAGUAAAACUAAGAAGGUUGCAAGCGUUAGUUUCUUGGGUUUAUUGUUUUUCAUGUUUCUUUUUGGAGUGUUAGUUCCUUCCGUCAGGGAAAAUAAAGAGAUAGGUAAUAGUGGAUUAGGUUUCAAUAAUGGUGGUCCAGCUAAUUGGCCCAGAGGAAGGGUCUUGACUGUUAAUGGAAAUGGGUCAGAGCAUGAUGUAGGAGUUGGCUUGUGUGGUGGAAAAUCAGGAUUCCGAGAAGGCGAUAUGAGAACUAUGAACUGUAAGGGAGUUAAGCAAACUGAAAGAGGAAAAGAGAAUGAUAGCGGCGAGCCUCUUGUUGCUUCGUUAUAUGUACCAAGAAAUGAUAAGCUUGUGAAGAUUGAUGGGAACCUUAUAAUUCACUCUGUUUUGGCUAGUGAAAGAGCUAAGGCAUCUAAAGGAAAGACUGAAAAGAGCAGUAGCUAUCCAUCCAGUAAAGGUGGAGAGACUGGUUUGGCAAUUCCCGGUGAUUUGGUUCCUGCACUGGUGGGUGGAAAAAAUGUUGAGAGACACAGACCCGUGUACAGGAGUGCAGCUGAACGUCAAAGGGCGCUGAGUUCGGGUUCCACCAGCAGUUACAGGGAUAGUUCAAAGGCAACUGCAGCUGACAAGUCACUGCAGAAAUGGUUCCAGGAAGGCCUUGCAGGACCAGUUUUAAGCUCUGGCAUGUGCACGGAAGUGUUUCAGUUCGAUGUCUCGAAACCAGGAAGUAUUAUUCCAGCUGCAUCAGUUGUCAAUGUUACUUCUGUGGAAAACGGAACAGAUACUUCUCAUCUUAGUGGGACUAGGAACCGAAGGAUUCUCAAUCGUCUCCCUGUUCCUGUUGCGAACGGAACCGAAAAACAUGAGGAAGGACCAUCGCAGGAUGACAACUUCCAAGGUAACAAUAGAUCAAUGAUUGUAUCAGUUCUGGUUGAUCCUAGAGAGGGUGGUGAUAGUAGUGAGGGUGUAGAUGGGAUGAUGAGACCCAAAUCACUUUCAAGGAUAUUUGUUGUUGUGCUCCUGGAUAGUGUCAAGUAUGUUACAUAUUCAUGUGUUCUUCCUCUGAAAGGUUCUGGACCACAUCUUGUAACCUCUUAAGCAAAGACAUAAUUAUUAGACAUUAACUUCAAAGAUAAUAUAUAAUCUGUUUUUCGAUUUGCCUCA